UGACCCGCAGAGCAGAGGCCACGUCAAGGCCAACAGGCCGACACACACAACCCCACACCCCUCGGCUUCCCAAACAAUCCAUUCCCCGCCGGCGCUCUCCUCCGCGGCUCCGCCUUUUCCCUGUCGAGGAGCAGCAGCAAGCAAAGCCACGCCGGCGAGGCGGGCGGGCGAGGAGGCAAUGCCGCCCAAAUCGGAUAGUGUGGAAGGAAUCGUCCUGGGUUUCGUCAAUGAGCAAAACAGGCCACUGAAUUCACAGAAUGUAGCUGACGCGCUACAGAAGUUUAAUCUGAAGAAGACUGCAGUACAAAAGGCACUGGAUGCAUUGGCCGACAGUGGACAGAUUUCCUUCAAGGAGUAUGGCAAGCAGAAAAUUUACAUUGCUCGGCAAGAUCAAUUCGACAUUCCAAAUGGGGAAGAACUCGAGGAGAUGAAGAAAGCAAAUGCCAAGUUGCAAGAAGAACUUGUAGAUCAAAAGAAAGCAAUUAGUGAGGUUGAAUCUGAGGUACGAGGCCUGCAGUCAAACUUGACGCUGGCAGAGAUUAAGUCGAAGGAGACUAAAUUACAAAGCGAAGUCCAGGAAAUGGAAGAGAAACUCAAUAAAUUGCGGAGUGGUGUCAUCUUGGUGAAACCUGAGGACAAGAAGAUCAUUGAGGAUUCUUUUGCUGAAAAAGUCAACCAAUGGAAAAAGCGGAAGAGGAUGUUCAAGGAGCUUUGGGAUAAUAUUACUGAGAAUAGCCCAAAAGAUCAGAAAGAAUUUAAGGAAGAGCUUGGUCUUGAGUAUGACGAAGAUGUCGACGUGAACCUGCAGUCUUAUACUGACAUGCUGGCAAGUCUCAACAAAAAGCGAAAAAUUUCUCGCUGAUGUAGCAUGAGAGUAUCUACAUCUCAAGUCAGAAGGAAUUUAAGGAAGAUGACGAAGAUGAUGAAGACAGUCUUACACUGGGCAUGCUGGCAAGUCUCAACAAAAGGCCAAAAAUGUCUCGCUGAUGUAGCAUGAUAGUAUCUACAUCUCAAGUCAAAAAUCUGUUACAGAAGUUUUACCAGCUACACGGUUCAUGGUUCUGCUGUUUCUUGCAGUUUCUGUAGCUGAGAUGUUCCAGAUAGAUGAUGUUGUCCUCUGUUAAUAUUUAAUCAUUUAUUUUAGGAGUAUUCUAGUGGGUAACUGCAGUCCUUAGCAGACUUGUUAAUCUUGUCAGCAAUGAGGUUUAAUAUAGCUUUUGUACCAGUUGGGUGACAGCAAAUUCUCCAUCCUCUUUAAUGUAUCUACAAAAAAAAUGCAUUCUUCAGCAAUAUACGCUGAUGAUUUUGCACCCUGCUUA